GUUCGUUUUGUUGACGGUCACUUAUACCUCACGCCUGAGAUUCAAACAGACAAUCGGUUCUUCAGUAAAAACUACAAAUCUAACAUUUAAACAAAUCGCAAGCAAAAAAUGGUAUCCAGAUUAAUUACAGUCACAAUUCUCGUUUGCUUCCUCGGCAUCACCUAUGCGGCCACUAUGCCUGACUACAUCAAGAUAUGUCAUCGCAACGAUCCCGAGCUAUCUAAGUGUGUAAAGCAAAGUGUGCACAAUCUGCGUCCAUAUUUAGUCAAGGGUAUCAAGGAAAUCAAUGUACCCUCUCUGGAACCCCUCUACAUCGGUGACCUCAAUAUUCUGGACGGCAGUUCUGGCGGCAUCACGGUCAAGGCCAAGAAACUGACAGUUUUUGGCGCUUCUAACUUUGAAAUUACUAAAAUGCGAGCAUCCAUACAGAACAAGCGAUUCGACUUCGAACUGAUUCUUCCGCAUCUGCAAGGAGAGGGACAAUACGAUAUAAAUGGGAACAUCUUAGCGCUACCUAUAAAGGGUAAUGGACCCUUUGUGGGCAACUUCACCAACUUUGUGGCUUAUGUCCGAGUUACUUACGAUGUUAAAAAUGUCAACGACAUCGAUUACUUUGAUAUUAAGGAGUUUGCAUUGAAAAUUCGCACUGGAAAAGGUCGCUUGCGUCUGGACAACCUCUUUAACGGCGACAAAGUGCUUGGUGAUGUUAUUAACCAAACCAUCAAUGAAAACUUCGAAUUAUUCACCAAUGAAGUGAUAGCGCCCAUUGCUCGUGCUCUAGAGGUUAAAUUCCUGGCAAUUGCCACCAAAAUCCUUGAGAACUUUACUUAUAAUGAAUUGUUUCCCGUUUAAUUGCGAAGCGUGCUUGGAGUCGAAUGCUAAUGCUUGUGAUACAAUUAAAUUCAAUAUUUUAGUGUAAAUUUAAUUCAUAAAUAAAUUAAAGUAAUCAAAAUA